AUGGUCUCCGCACCCCUCCCCGUCGUAUCCAGCCGCGACGACCCCGACGACGAGGACGAGUGCCCCGUCUGCCUCGAACCCCUCAGCUUCAGCUUCAGGCUCCCGGGCGAGAAGCCCCACAUCCUUCCAGAAUGCGGACACGCCCUCCACGAGGCAUGUUUCACCGCAGUUUACGGCCCUCCGCCCAGCGCCAACCGCUCCCAAGGCCUGCUCCGCAAGUCAAAUCUCGGUGUCUGCGGCGUCUGCAGGCGACCUAUGAAAGUCGGCGAAGGCGACGGCGGCGGCAAGUCCAACAAACUCGCGGCCCUCACCGGCAUGGGCGACCGCAAUGCGACCCCCGUCUACCCGGGGCGCGAUACCCCCUCCUCCAUGCGCUCCCUCAAUGGCCGCGGCGCCGCGGGAGCAUCAGCCCCAAAGCCGUAUGACCCCACCGAAGACGACCCGCUCGAACACGCCCAGUCCGUCAAGUCCGCCGGCUCCGAGCACUCCCAAUACGUCGUCGCGCCCUCCAUCCAAGUCCGCCCCGAGUUUUCCUCCCUCACUCGCAGCCUCGACGCCGCACAGGCGCUCACUUGCCUCGUCGUCCUCGAGCUUCCCAGCAAGCGCGGCCACGGCCAGCAGGUCCCCGGCCCCGUCAUGGUCGACGCGUACCCGCAGGCCCCGCCGCGCAACGGCCACGGCCAUCCCCGCGGAUCGCCCGCUCACUCGCCGGAACCCUCGUCCUCGUCCUACCGCCAGCAGCACCAGCAGCAUCAGUACCACCACAACUACUCGGACGCGUCGGACGCCACCGUCCGGCGCCAAGCCCAGCAGUCGCAGUCCCCGCCCCGCUCCCAGGUCGCUUCCCCGACGUCCUCGCACCAGCAUCAUUACAACAACAACAACGGCAAUCACCAGCAGGGGCGCUACUCGCCCUCCGUGCACACGCAAAACACCCAGGACUCACCGUACUCGCCUCCCGGCGCACCCUUUUCCUCCUCCAACUCGCACUCCAACCACUCUGUCCAAUCCCCCGAAGAAGAGUCCCCCUUUGGCGCGAUCACGGAGGACCUCCGGAACCGCAUCAUCGACUGGAAGGGCCACCCGCUCGCCGGCCUCGGCCCGCUGCAGAUGUUCGACCUGCUCUCGGUGCGGCGCGACGCGCUCGUGCGCGAGUUUUUCGUCUAUCUCUUCAAGGAGGCGCUCAUCUGCGUCGCCGAGGAAAAGAAGCGUAGCCUCGGCCGCUUCCUGUCCACCGCGUCCUCCGGCGCGGCUUCGGUGCUCACCGACGGCGGCUCGAUGUCCGGCACGGCGGGCCCGCCGUCCAAGGGCGUGCUCCGCCUCAAAGGCCGGAUCUACAUCCGGCACAUCCGGCAGGUGACGGACACGUCGGUGCAGGGCGAGCUGAGCCUGACGAUCGAUAUGGAAGACGAGCGGCUGGACUCGUUCAUCCUGAUCUUCCGGGACCGGUCGUCGCUAGAGACGUGGAAGGCGAACAUCCAGUCGCUCGUGGUGCUCAUCCAGCGGCAGUCGCAGCCCGCGCAGCCGCCGGAGCAGCCGCCUCCGCCGCCCGUGGACCUCGAGGAGUUUGGGGGGAGCGCCAAGGCCGCGCGCAUGCUGAGCGGGAGCACAGGCACGACGACCACGAGCGCGAGCACGGGGACGGGCGGCGCGGACAGCCUGCUCAACGGGGGCUCGUCGCGCUCGACCAUGUCGUCCUCGACGUCGCACGGCUCGCACGGCAUGCGCGGGUCCGGCUCGGGCUCGGGCUCGGGGUACGCUGGCGCGGCGAAGCUCGCGCCGCUCGAGGAGGACGAGAUGAGCGUGAGCGGGAGCCUCGGGAUGGGCAUGGGCGGCAUGGGCUACGCGUCGUCCGCGGGCUUGUACACGCCGCACAUGUCCGCGGGGCCGUCCAACUCGCUCACGCCGCUGCCGCACCCGCCGCUGGACCUCAUCCUCGUCGUGUCGCUGCCCGCGCCGAACGCGCUGCAGAGCACCGCGGCGCUCAAGCUGCGCGUGAUCCGCGCGUCGCUCGACUUUAUCCUCGCGUCGCUCGCCGCGCGCGACCGGCUCUCGCUCGUCACGUUCGAGGUCGGCGUCGGCGGGCGCGUGCGCAAGACGCCGUUCUUGUCGCUCGGGCGCACGCAGAGCCGCGCGCGGCUCGCGAAGUUUGUGGACGAGAUCGGGUGGAGGGGCGAGCGGGAGGGGCGCGCGGGCGCGGGGGAGGGCGCGUUUGAGGACGAGUUUUUGGUGCGCGGGUCGAAGGACGAGAAGACGGACGUGGUGACGGCCGUGAACCACGGGCUGGACGUCGUGCUGCAGCGCAAGGCGCGCAACCCGGUCGCGGGGAUGAUCCUCGUGAGCGACGCGGCGGACAGCACGCGGCGCGCGCAGAUGGACCUGGUGCUCGCGCGCGCGGAGGCUGCGAACGUGCCGAUCCACUCGUUCGGGUACGGGCGCUCGCACGACCCGGCGUCGCUGUGGCUGAUGUCGAACCACACGUCGGGGACGUACACGUUCGUGAAGGACUGGUACGACCUGCGCGACUGCCUCGCGGGGUGCAUCGGCGGGAUGAUGUCGAUCGGCUCGCUCGGGAUGAAGCUCCACAUGAAGAUCGUGGACGGGAACCACUUCCGCAUCCGCAAGGUGUCCGGCGGGCCGCCGUCGAUCGUCGCGUCGGACGGGCGCAAUGUUGACGUCGACGUCGGCGAGCUGCGGUACGGCGAGCGCAAGGAGAUGCUCGUCGAGCUCGAGCUCGACAACGCGGGCGAGGCCGCUGCUGCGGGCGCACACGGGCGCGGCGCGAACGGCGGGAUCGGCGGCGGUGGCGGGGGCGGGGGGAUGAACGCGACGGACCGGUUCAACGCGAGCAUGGGGCUCGACGCGCUGUCGAUCGGGGACGCGGCGGAUUUGACGGACGGGAUGAUGGACCGCAUGAUCGACGAGGUGCCCGUGUUCGAGGUCGACGGCGCGUUCUUCGACCCCGCCGCGGGGAAGCACGUCUCGCGGCUCGCGCACCCCGUUCUGCUCACCGUCACGCUCCUCCCCGCGGGGUCCGCGAGCCCGCCGCGGCCGAGCCACGGGCCCGGCGGCUCGGGCGCUGGUGCGGGCGGGGGCGCGUCGGACCCUGUGAUCGUGCGCCGGCGGAUGGAGCUGCUGGCGUCGGACAUGAUCACGCGGGCGCUGGUGCUGGUGUCGCGGAAGAACUACGGGCAGGCGCAGAAGAUCAUCGGGGAGACGAAGCGGAUCCUGCACACUGUGCUGCAGACGAUCACGCAGGCGCUGCCGGCGCCGAGCAGCCACGGGUCGACGGUGCGGAACCGGCGGGAGGUGCUGACGCUCGCGGCGGUGCGGGUGAUGCAGGCGAUCGUACAGGAUAUGCAGAUACUGAGCGAGGCGCUGGAGGAGAACGUGGAGCUGUUUGCGCACGAUCAGCGGAAUUUUGGGGCGCAGCAGGCGAUGAUCCUUCGUGACCAGAAGAGCUGGACGGGCAGGAGCGCGGUGGAGCGCGUUUUUUGGACGACGGAUAAUUCGAUCGAGCUCGUCUCGCGGAGCACCGACUGGGUCGCGCGCGAUUGA